AUGGCAAACAAUCGUUUCAUUAAGUUAUCGAUAAAAACAUUGAAACCAGAAGUGCAUGACUUCUGGUUUCAAAUGUCAUUAAAGGUUAAGACAAUUAAAGAUUUGAAAUCAGAAAUCAGCGCUCAUUUGGCUAAAUAUUAUAGACUUGUUAUCGCUAGCUAUCAAUUGGAUCUCUUCACAAAUGGUGGUCAACUAAAUGAUUAUUUAUCGUCUGAGAUCUUCACAACUCAUAAAGACAUUGAAAUCAGACGCAAACUAAGCGUCGGUUUAACAAAGACUGAAGAAAUUAAAAUAAUACAAUUGGACGACGAAGUGGACACUAAUUCAAGUCAUCAACUGAUCGUUAAACAAGAAAUAUCUACUGAAGUGAUUGUAAAAAAUCCAAUCAAUUUAAGUCAGAUAUUUACCACAAGUAAUGAAAUGAUUGAAUCAGAUGAUAGCAAUGAUGUAUUCGGAGUCAGUCAACAAAAUAAAGUUUUAGAUGACAGCAAACCAUUGAUGACUAAUAAUUAUAUCGUCAGAUCACAAGAAUUGGUAAACAAUUAUUUGGAUGACAUAUCAGAUAAUGAGUUAGAAAUCAAUAAUUUGAAUGACAAUCGACUUGUGGUGGAAAAUGUCGACAACUCUAAGGUCAGUGAAGACAAUAACUCAUUUUAUCACAAGAAUAAUGAAAUCAUUCAAUUGGAUAACGAAAUGGACACUAAUGUCAGUCAAGAAGUGUUUACUAACGACAAUACAAACAGAAGUGAUAAUAAUAAUCAACAAAACAAUAGUGAAGUUAAUCUCAAUAAUGAACUUACGGAUGACAAUCAAACUGUUUCAUCGAUGACUUCUUAUAUGAACAGAUCAGAUGAGUUAGAAAACAAUGAUUUGAAUGACAAUCGAGUUGUUAUUGAAAAUCUCGACAACUCUAUGGUUAGCAGUAAUGGUAACUCAGAUUAUCUCAAGAAUAAUGGAGAAACAAUUCGUUUGGAGGAACAGACAUAUAAUUCAGAUAUUUGCGGAACAAUUGGUGAUAAAGAAGUCGUGAUAAAUAUUGACGACAGUUCUGAAGAUAGUGAUUAUGAAAAUAGUGGUCAAUCGUCUAAUAAGUAUAAUGAAAAAGAAGAUAAUGGAUCCAAUGAUAUAGAGUUUAUUGGUAUCUAUUGUCCAAUAAAAAUGCAAUAUCUUAACCCUAGUGACCAAUUUAUUGUCCAACAAUAUUAUCGGAGAAAGAAAUCCUAUAAAUGUCAAGUAUGUGACCAAACAUUUGGUCGCAAUUGUCAAUUACAAAGACAUAUCAACUUUGUUCACAAACAACUUCAAUGUCCUUAUUAUGGAUGUAAUGCCAGAUUCAGUACAAAAUAUUGGCUAACAAGACAUCAAAAAUUAGUUCAUAAAAACAACAAACUUAUAAAAAGACAACUUUUGAUUUGCGGUCAGAAAUGUUGUGGCAAAAAAUUUUAUCAAAUAAAUACUUAUGCAUUGCAUCAGCAAUUGGUCCACAAAGACAUUGGAUUCUCAUGCGUACAAACACAAACACAAUACUAA